UUAUACCCACUAAAGGAAGUGGAAUUAAUAACCCUAAUUUUUAUCAUCAUCUUCCGCCUACCAUCGUCCCUCUUUGCUCUUUCAUCUCUGCAAAUCAGUUUUUUUUCCUUCUCUUCUCUUAUCAGUUCUCACCCACCAACGUGUCCGCUAGUGUUUUCCGGAUCUGACCCGUAUCUCUUGUCGGAUCGUAUCGGCACAGGUACUGCACCCAAAUUACCGAGUCCGGGGAACGAAGGUCACUGCCACUGUCCAAUCCGAAAAUGGCGUCGAGACUAGCGAUGCUAAAACAUUCCGCCGCCACCGACUACGGUUCUUUUUUAGGUCUGAGGAGAUGGAUUCAUGCUUCAGCGCUCCCUCCACCCUUGGGAGCUCCAAUCGGUCAUCCCCCACCAUCACAAUCGUUGGUUUUCCCCGAGUCUGAUCAAACCCCAGAAAGCAAUAAUAACAGCAACAUUGGGUUUGGGUUUGGGUUCGGGUUCGGUUUCCCUAGUUUUCCCUUGGGAGGAGGAUCCAUGGAGCUCAUGGCUGUCCCAAAGAAAAAGGUGAGUCGGCAUAAGAGAGGCAUAAGAAACGGACCAAAGGCUUUGAAACCGGUUCCGGUUAUUAUACGAUGCAAGAGUUGCGGUCGUGUUAAGUUACCACACUUCUUCUGUUGCAGUGGAGAUCGUGGGCACAACAAUGAACGAGAUGAUUCAUCCGGUUAAGUUGUUGUAGGUGGACUAAAAAUAAGAAGCUUUUUCAUUUAUUAUGAGAAAACAUUGUUGGGAUAUCAUGACAAUGUUGCUGGGCAAGCGUAGACGGAUUCAGUCAUAGAAAUAGGUUAGAAAGUUUUGUUUACAAAUGAAGCCAUCUAGAAUGAUGGCAAAUAACCGCAAAAAUGAUGAUCUGAUCUUGCUAGUACAUUUUUAUGGAGUUACAUAAGUGUGCACUUGUAUGGAAAAUCUUGGUUGGUUAAGAUUGCUUUCGUGGUCUGUGUUUCUUGUAUUUCUUAGCUGCAACUGGUUUCUAUGCUAAAAUGACAAGUUAAUUUGCCUUUCUCA